AUGUGGGCUGUGACAUUGUGUUGUGCAGUCUUUAUUGCGCUGGUCGCUGAAACUGAAACAGCAGCAGUACCUACAUCUUUUGGAUGUCGGAACUCGCUACUUUCGGAUGAAUGGAGAGCUUUGGUUCUGACAUUUCAUAAUGACAAACGAAGAGCUCUAGCAUCUGGAGACCAAGAAAACAAGGACGGGACUAAACUGAAACCCGCUAAGAAAAUGAAUGAACUGACAUGGGAUUGCAACUUAGAGCGGGAUGCAACCGUAGGAGCUGCGGAUUGCGGAACCUUUGAUAAACCUACGUUGGGCGUCAAUCAAAAGAUCUUUCCAACUGCUACUUCCUGCAAUAUUUCCGUAGAAACCGAAAAAGUGCUUAAUGACUGGUGGAACGAGAUAAAAACUACAGCGCUGCCAGCCGAUUUAAAAUACGUCGCAGGUCUCGAAGAUUUUGCGAAUAUGGCUUAUUGGGAAACGAACGCGUUUGGUUGUGGAACCGCAAAAUGCAGCAGUGGAACAAAUCUGCUCUGCAUAUACAACAAACUUGGCAAGGACUCCAACACUGCUUUGUAUGAAGAAGCUGCUUCCGCCGACGUAGCGUGCGAUGACUGUGACCAAAACACCGCACCAUGUGUGGCCAGACUUUGCCAACCUGCAUUUACCAUAACCGCUGAUGAUCCAUUGUUGUGUGCGGACGGUUCAAUGACGAAUGACAUGACGAACACGGCCCUCUAUAUGCACAACUACUACAGAGGACUACUGGGCGGGGGAUGGGCAGAAGAUAAAAUAAGUACGUAUGCUCCUCUGGCAAAGGCGAUGCCUCAGCUGGAAUACGAAUGCGCCGCUAUAGCUAAAGAAGCGUCUGACAGAGCCAAAGCGUGUAAAGAAACUCCUGAUGAUCCAACUACGUCACGCUCUCAGAAUUAUCUAGUAAUUAAAGACGUCAAUAUGGACAAAGAAGACGCCCUGAAGCAGGCAAUUUCCACAUGGUGGAAAGAACUUGCUGACGUAGGGCUUGGUGAAGAUACUACGUAUAAAGCCGCAAUGAAGGACACGCUUGGACAUUUUGCUAAUAUGGCUUAUGAUCAGACGAAGCAAGUUGGAUGCAGUGUAGAGACGUGCACGAAGAAGGGAUUCACUUUGGUCGUUUGUCAGUACGAUCAGCAAAUUAGUGAUGGAAAGAAGAUUUACGAGACCGGCAAGAGUGGCGAUAAAGCGUGUGCGGGCUGCGCCACGAAGAAGUGCGGAGAUCUGCAAGGAUUAUGCGCUCCAUGA